AUGAAGGAGCAGAUUGGGUACAUACCACCCCGUUAUAUUCCCCUGGGCCAGUCUGAUCAUGAACCAUCAGAUCUAGAGACAAGUAUACUUUCAACCAAUGAUCAACCUCCAUCUCCCAAAAAGAAUGAUGUCCCACUUGAGUGGUCCUCUGGAAUAUGUGCUUGUUUUGAUGAUCUUCAGAGCUGCAUUGUUGGUAGUGUAUGCCCUUGCUUUCUUUUUGGAAAGAAUGCAGAGUUUCUAGAAUCCAACAGUUUCAUGGGACCAUGUACAACACAUUUCAUCAUGUGUGGCGUCAUCAAUACCUUUUGCUGCUUCAUAACUGGAGGCUUGAUUCUAGCCUUUCCUGGAUGCUUUACUUCAUGCUAUGCCUGUGGAUACCGCAAAGCACUACGUGCAAAGUUUAAUCUGCAGGAAGCUCCAUGUGGGGACUUUGUAACACAUCUUUGCUGUCACUUAUGUGCGGUGUGUCAAGAGUAUAGGGAAAUCCGUGAAAGAUCUCUCAACAUCGAUCCUCAUGCAAAUAUAGUAGAAAUUACACCACCUCCUCUUCAAACAAUGGAUUAG